CAUUAAUGUCAUGUAGUGUGAAGUAACGAAAGGCAACCUCUUUCGAUUUACGUAACAGCUUUGCUGAAACAAGAAGUUGGAAAUACAAAGAAUUCCAAUUUACAUCUACAAAAUGUUGGGACGUAUAGGCAAGAAACAAGUCGAUAUUGCGGCGUCGUUUGUUACAUCAGCCGUUGGCUUCGGAGGCGCCGCUUUCGUCGGUCUUUGCUACUUCACCGAUUGGAAGGUAUUCUGUGCAAAUAUCCCGUUCUACAAUGGAAAAUUCAAGGAUAUAAAGGAAGAAUGAAUCAAGACGUUUAUGGCUCCUAUGAAAACGUAAAUGUGAACUGUAUAUUUAUUUAGAACCUAUGGAAUAUAAAAUAGGCUAGGUCAAUUUUGUUUUAA